GAUCACAGUAUUCCUGGAAAAACGCUGCUUCAGAUAUUUACUGCGUGUGGUUGAUCACUACGUCUACGGAGACCCCUCUCCUUAGGACGGACAAACACAAGAACCCAGGCUCUGGGCUUCACCUCAGCUCCUCCUCAUCCUCGACAUGGAGCCAUUGUUUCUCAUCUUCCUGCUAUUUCUGGAGGGAAAGACGGUGGAAUCUGCAGAGAAUGUGGGUGUGAGGCUGGUGAAUGGCGGCAGCCCAUGUGCCGGGAGAGUGGAGGUUUACCAAGGAGGAUACUGGGGCUCAGUGGAUGGCUAUAGCUAUGACUAUGGGUAUGUUCUGACCUGGGAUAUGAAGGCCGCGGCUGUGGUGUGUAAGGAGUUGGGAUGUGGAGCCGCGCUGUCAGCAUCAGCAGGAGCUCACUUUGGGGAAGGAUCAGGCUAUGUUGUGGCAUAUAAUAUUCGGUGCAAAGGGAGCGAGUCUGCUCUGAGGGAUUGUCCCUCAGUGACCUGGAAUCAUUAUUACCGGACACACUCCAAUGAUGCCGGAGUCAUCUGCUCAGAUUCGCUCCAGAAAACCAGCAUUUCUCUGAAGCCAGAUUCCCGGGCGUUUGUGAGAGGGGAAAGCGCUGAGAUCUCGUGUACUGGGAACUAACCUGGCAGCAAAUGCUCUUUUUUCAGAGACGGCGAUUUUAUCACAUCACAAACAGCUGCAAACAACAGCAACGCUGUAACUUUUAUUCCAUCGGAGAUCAGGGCAGGCAAUUACUGGUGUAAAUGUGCUAAAAAUAUGGACGGGCGAGAGCUCACAUUCCCAGAGAGCGAACGAAUGGGAAUCAAUGUGUGGGAUCCGCUUCAGAAACCCACAAUUUCACUUAAUCCAGAUUCCCGGGUAAUUGUGAGAGGGGACAGACCUGAGAUCUCGUGUUUUGGGAAUUAUCCUGGCGCUAACUUCUCUUUAUACAGAGACGGCGAGUUUAUCAUAUCACAGCCAGCUCCAAAGAAGAACAACAAGGCCACAUUCGCCCUUCCGGAGAUCCUUACAGGAAACUACAUUUGUAAAUAUAUUGCACGCAUAGACGGACGACAGUUUACAUCACCAGAGAGCGAGCGAAUGGGAAUCUCUGUGUGGGGAUACUGGACCUGGAUGCACACUGUAGGACUUGCUGUGGGGAUCGUCACUGCGAAAGUGAUCACUGUGUUUACAGUUGGUUUAUGUGUGUAUAAGAGAGAUAAACACAACAGUCCAAGAGGGAAAUGGAACGUACCAACGGGAGGCAGCCCGCAAACGAGCAGCAAUAUAUAUGUGACGUUGAGAAUGGUUGAAUGUUCUCUACUACCAGUGGACGUUGAUAUCACCGACGCCAAAGGGACUUUAGAUGCCGCAGCCGGUGCGGAUGAUGGACCAGUCAACUCCACGCUCAGAGCGUAG